ACAUAAGAUGAUAGGACAUUGAAUGUCAACGUGCACUUUAUCCACCAUGACAAUUCUGUAUUCAUAACAAAUCUGCUCAUAAAUAAAACUAAGGUACUGUGACAGAUUGCCAGCAAAGUUCCAAAAAUGGAAAAUGCCAAAAAACAGUGUGAACAUGAAUAUGAUACGCCAGUGUGUGUGCAGUGUAUCUUGUCCAGCAAUUGGAGAGAUUCCCAGCUAGAACUUUUGUCGGAUAUAUGUGACUCACUUGGUGGCUCCAAAAAGGAGAAAAUACGUGCAGAUUUGUUAGAUUUAGAGGAAAACAUCGGGCCUGAGUAUGAUUCAAAUCUAGGUGAAGUUGAAGCUUUGCUUUCCAAAGUCAUCAAACAGCACAAAGAUAGGAAGAAUGUUAUCUUAGAUUUAGGGGAUGAAUUACAUAAGGUUGUUGACCUUGUCGUCAACAAAUAUCUGUCCGAAGCAGGAAAGAUGGAAAAGGAAGAUGUAGAUUUUGUACAAUCAAUAAAAUCGAAAUUCAAGUUGUCAACGUCAGAAAUAAAAGCAGCAAUAAAGGAGUGUCGUGAAUUUCUAGCUACAGAUAACAAUAAAAAAUUGGCGAAAUAUAAAUCGAAGAAUAAUAAAUUCAAGAAUAUGCCCACAAGAUAUGAGCUGUCUGUCAGUAGGUUCCAUCCACACCACCUCACUGAAGAAAGAUUGUGUCAAAUAGUUGGAUCUCUACAAUCGUCUGUCAGGAAGGAAAUAAAGGCUCUGGAAAACAAGGCUUCUGAUGCGGAACUCAGCUUAAUUUCCAGCACAGACGUCCAUAGCCCUGCUGAAACAAUGCCGAAAGUCAGUAACGAAAGAAGCGAGCAAAAGAAAUCAAAGGCUGAUAGGCUAACAGAGCUUAAUGACUUAAUGGAUUCCAUUUCGCAGGCCACAAAAGACAUGGCUCCCAUGGACACGAGCCCAAAGGUAACAAAAAAGCUUUCUAUUCCUAAAGAAUUCAGCUCAAAAAUCCCAACCAGUCAAAAGGGACAAAAGGACAUUCGCUCAAAAACUGCAACGGAGGUAGAGUGCCCUUUGGAAUCCAAAAUGAAACCGACUUUGAACUUGAAUGGUCACAUCGAAUCCAAGUCAGAGCCUUCAGAUCGGCCAAGCAGUCCUGUGGUCUCUAGCUUACCAACAGCCACAGAUCAUAACGGCCACAUGAAAGAGGAAUCAGACCACAAAACCAAAUCAGAGAUAACCGUUUCUAUUGAAAAGAGUCUGGAGAUAGAUGUUCCUACUGCAUCGACUUUGAAACCAUCUAAAGCUCCCAAUUGUGAGACUGAUCCAAAAGUAAAAAAGGAACAAGGGAGUCCUGGAGAAUCCCCAAAAGUUACAACAGAAAUUAAUGUCCCUUUGAAUUUCCACUCAAAAGCGACAGCAGAACUCGCCAAAGAAAGUCCUGUGAAUUUUAACUUGACAGAAAAGCUAAACGAUUUGACAAGUACGAGCCAAAGUGCCAAAAAAGAGGUCAAAACGUCAGUAGAAUCAAGCUCAGAAGUAAGAUCAGAUCUCGUGAGUUUUGCAGAAUCUACAUCAAAUGCUACCAAAAUUACUAGUACCCUGUCGGAAAUAGAAUCAAAACCAAGGGGUGUGCGUAGCGACUCUCUUGACGCAAGUGGAAUAUUUGCUAAUGUACCCAAAGUGAUAGAUAUCUAUGAAACAGGAUAUACUUACACCUAUAAAAUCGCUUGUGCCAGGAGUACAAAUCAAAUUUUCAUCUGUGGCAAUAACAAAGUCAUAAAACAGAUGACCUCUGGGGGUAAAUUCGUAGAGAAAGCUACCAUUGAAUCUGGAAAUCAACCCUUUGACCUGACACUCACAAGAGAUGCCCAGCUUAUCUUCAGUGAUCAUAAUGGAAAAUGCAUCAACUUGGUAAAGAAUAAUGGCAGAAUAGAGAGCUUGAUCAAAUUGCAAAAAUGGUUUCCAAUGGCCAUUUGCAGCACAUCCGUUGAUGACCUGCUAGUUACAAUGGAAUCGCAGGAUCUUGCCACCUGCAAGGUAGUACGCUACAGUGGAUCAACGGUCAAACAAGAAAUUCAGUACGAUGUCAGGGGCGAGAAGCUGUACUGCCGAGCUGACUUCAUCGAUGAAAACAAAAACCUUGAUGUUGUCGUAUCUGACUUAGGAGCACGACGUAUCGUUGUGGUUGACAAGUACGGCAUUUUUAAGUUCAAUUACACUGGAAACCUCCAGCCAGAGAGGUACAAGAGCUUUGGCUGCUCGGGCGUUACCACAGACAGCAAAAGCAAUAUCAUUGUUGCAGACGAAUAUAACGAUGUGUUGCAUGUUAUUGACCAGAAUGGACAAUUUCUCAUGUAUAUAGACAAUUGUAAAUUACAGCGACCAGGAGAUCUCUGUGCAGAUAGUGAGGACAUGCUAUACGUUACAGAACCUGUCACCAACAAAGUGAAGAAAAUCAAACUUUAUAAAUAAAUGUGUGCAGUGCAACAUAUGCUUUGGCCAGAACAUUGUUAAGUUAGAAUUAACAUUAUUUAAGAAAGUUCAUGACGUACAUAGAAGUGAAUGCCUUUGUAUUAGAGGAGAAAGAGCUGACAAGCGACAAUUACGAAUAAAGUAGAAUGUUAAUGAAUUUAAAAAAGAAAGUUAGACCACAAACGCUGCAAGAUGUGAACUCGAUGACACUUGUUGCUUGUCAAGCAAGGUAUAAAUUAAUAGCAAAACCAGGAAAUUUGACAAUGUCAUCUACAAUGCCGCGACAAAAACACAUUUCCAUAAUUUUUUUAACAGUCGCACAGUUUCAUUUACUAUAACCAGAUUUAUUGGAAAGAUAAUUCUGAUGCUUUCUUUUAUUGAUCAUGUCUUGAAAAUAUCCAAGAAUAAGAUUUGUCAAAGAGAAGCCAUCAACAUCUGUGAUACCGUACAUAAUGAAAGUCCAUGUCUUUGCAAAAUAAUAAGCAUUGGCAAUUUUAAGAGGAUUAAUGUACAUGUUUAUAACGUUUUUAGUUUGUUACAUAAGUGCAUCAUUCAAAUAUUUCUAAACGUCAAUUACCAAAUUUAAUUUACUUGUAAUAUUAAUGAAAAAAGUUAAAUUUCUGAAAUGAUAAUUGUCAUAUGUAAGAUUUUCAUACUGUUUAUGAAUGGGAAGCACUUUGACAAUGUUUCAAACAGCAUGGCACAUAUUUCAAAUGUUUUGUUUCUUGUAGCCAGGAAAAGGAAAUUAAUA